AUUGGCCAAGGAGUGACGUCACAUUUGGGCGCCAGUAGAGGAAGCAAAACAGAUCAGAAGCAGAAUAAUAAUUGAUCAUUGAUCGGAACCUGCUUACAGACUCAGAAGAAAGGUCGAACCGGAGCCGGAACCGGACCGGUUAGAACCCAGACCGUUAGAGUCUGUCGAUCCUCACCGCUCUUCUACUUCCGGCACCAACCUCUGAGCGCAGCCAUGAGCUCCCGGGUGUGCCGGACCUGCGGGGGGUCCGACAUCGAUGUCGACCAGGCCCGGGGAAGCGCGGUGUGCACGGGCUGCGGCUCGGUUCUGGAGGACAACAUCAUCGUGUCGGAGGUCCAGUUUGUGGAGGGAAGCGGAGGAGUUUCAUCCGCCGUGGGACAGUUCGUCUCCGCAGACGGUCCGGUUAAAGCUCCUCUGCUUGGUUCUGGUUUCCACACCGGCGUUGGGAAGGAGUCCAGAGCCCAGACGCUGCAGAACGGUAAACGUCAGAUCCAGCACCUGGGCAGCCAGCUGCAGCUCAACCAGCACUGCCUGGACACGGCCUUCAACUUCUUCAAGCUGGUGGUCAGCAAACACCUGACCAGAGGACGCAGGACGGAGCACGUCAUCGCCGCCUGCCUCUACCUGGUGUGCCGCACUGAAGGGACGCCUCAUAUGCUGCUGGACCUCAGCGACCUGCUUCAGGUGAACGUCUACACCCUGGGAAAGACCUUCCUGCUGCUGGCGCGGGAGCUGUGCAUCAACGCGCCCGCCAUCGAUCCCUGCCUCUACAUCCCUCGCUUUGCUCACAUGUUGGAGUUUGGAGCCAAGAACCACGAGGUCUCCAUGACGGCGCUGCGUCUGGUCCAGAGGAUGAAGAGGGACUGGAUGCACACGGGUCGCCGGCCGUCUGGGCUCUGUGGAGCAGCUCUGCUGGUGGCGGCUCGGAUGCACAAGUUCCGUCGGUCGGUCAAAGACGUGAUCAGCGUGGUGAAGGUGUGUCAGACCACCCUGAGGAAGAGGUUAACGGAGUUUGAGGACACGCCCACCAGUCAGCUGACCAUCGACGAGUUCAUGAGGGUGGAUCUGGAGCAGGAAUGCGACCCUCCGUCCUUCACUGCUGGACAGCACAAAGCCAAGAUGCAGCAGCUGGAGCAGGAGCUGGCCCGGAAGCUGGACGAGGUGGAAGGAGAGAUCAGCAGCUACACCGAAGAGAUCGAGACCGAGCUGGAAAAGAGCCAGCCCAAACUGAGGGGGAUCUACGCCGCCUACACCAAAGAAAUCGGUCCGGAGGAAGAGGAAGUCCCGUCCUCCACGUCGGACCUGGAGGAGGAGAGAGAGGACGCUGACCUCCAAGCUGCUACGCAGCGCCUGACGCAGGACUUCCUGUCUCAGGUAAUCCAGGAAGAGGAAGGGCAGGAGAAGAGGACGCUUGAGGUCGUUUACGACCAGGAGGUGGCGCCAGAGGAGGGUGCAGGUUUACGUCCCCAGGUCCCUUCUUUAGCUUCUAUCCUGGGAAGGCUACCAAGCGCCGCCAGCCUGGGCCUCCAUGAGACCUUCAACACCUUUGAUGAGUCCGAACCAAGCGAGAAGCCAGACGAGGAGACGCCUCAGACCGGAGAGCUGGAUCUAGAAGGUAUCGAUGAUCAGGAGAUUGAGAAGUACAUCCUGAAUGAAAAGGAGGUAGAGGUGAAGACGGAGCUGUGGAUCAAGCAGAACGCAGACUACCUGCAGGAGCAGAAAGAGAAGGAGGAGAGGAUAAAGAAGGAGAAGGAACAGGGGAUCUACAAGGAGAAGAAGAAGAAACCCAAGAAGCGCAAACAGAUCGAAGCAGCAACGGCAGGCGAGGCCAUCGAGAAGAUGUUGGAGAGAAAGAGGAUUUCCUGUAAGAUCAACUAUGACGUCCUCAGAGACCUGAACCAGACCGCUAAAGGUCACAAUCCACCCGCCUCCGAGCCCUCAGAGGGGGCCGCCAAACGGAAACGCCUCAGCCGCCGGCGCAGGAAGACCAGCGACACCAACAGGGAGCUGUCCGCCAACGCAACCAAAAUGACAAAAAGGUUCCGUCGCCUCAUUUCCUCGCCAAGGAAAAAGAAAGCAUCUCCUCAGGUGGAACUAGCCGUUACCAUGGAAACAGAAACAGAGGUUGUAUCUGAAGCUCCUCCUGAAGAUGUUGCUGACACAGAGCCCGCCCCUGCAGAAGCUCCGCCCGCUGUAGAAAUUGAGGAAGAGGAGGAGGUGGAAGAAGAGUGUGUCAGUGCGCUGCAGCUGGUUGGAGAUUACGGCUGUGAGGAAGAGGAGGUCUUUUAGCUCCGCCCACACUGAAGAAACUCCACCCAGACAGUCAGUGACCAGCAGACGAAUGAGCCAAUCGGUGCUGGAAGCACGGCAGCAGUUUAGACUCAGAACUUUAAAUGAUCACCGAGCGGCGGACUGGAUGCAGCUCGGUGAUCACUACGGCUCACUCCCAGAGGAUCUGGAUCCACAGAGCAGAGUGAGACGGAGUGAGAGAGUGAGAAACGGAGUGAGAGUGAGACAGAGUGAGAGAGUGAGAUGGA